CAGCGAGUUGGGUCGCGAUCAAACGUCAGCGCAGAACAUCGUUGCACCCAGCGCGGAACAGUCGCACGCGGCGUGUGCUAGAGAGAGAGUGUGCGUGCGUGCGUGUGUGUACGUUGCGAGAUCAGGCGUCGCUUGGUGUUCGAGCAAUCGCGCUCUCCCAUCGACAGGUGCACGCGUGCAAGCAGCAAAAAGCAGCUUUGUAAGUAGGGGCUCCAGAAUUUCCCGAAUCAAAUCGAACCCAAAUCGAAAAAGGUUUCGAGAGCCAGGGAUGUGAGUCUCGCGCGGGCUGACCAAUCGACGUGAACGUUGGCGGGCAGGGUUUUGGGGGGCUCGUGCGUAGGUGGAGAGCACGUUCUAAGCCACCCUCCGUGUGCGUGCGUGUGUGUGUGUUAGUGCUAGUGUUAGCGGAAGAUCCCCCCCCGCCGAGAGACCCUUUCUGUGUGUGAGCGUCGUCACGUAGCGUAAGGGCAAAGUGUGAGUGUUAGAAGCAAAAGGAAAUAAAAGAAAAGCGGAAAAGGUAAAGGAAACGAAUCGGUAAGGUUGCUAGAAUCGUUACGGGUGUGUGUGUGUGUGCGUUGCGAGUGUGUGUGUGCAAAGAGAAGAAGAAAAAAAGGAAGCUAGAAAAACCCCCUUAAGACCCAAGCAAGCUUAGGGGUUUUCCGGGGAGUUCGUGAAGAUCCCAAAAUCAAGUGCAAACGCGCGAGUGUUGCCAGUUUUUAGCUGCGACCCGUUGCGAGCAAAACCACACCCACACAAGCAGCAUCACGAUGCCUUCUCAACCUUACGAUCUGGUAAAGGAUGAUCAAGACAUCCGCGUGCCGCUGUAUCCUGAGCAGGCGUUCUACGGCAACGGGCUGACAUUUCAGGCGAAGCUGAUCGGAUGGCAGGUCGUGCCGAGGCCCAGCAAUCGAACGGAAAUUGUGCAAGCAAUGCGAAGGAUACGGUACGAGUGUAAGGUGCAGAACAGCAAGAAAAAGAAGGUCACCGUCAGCAUCUCGGUGGAGGGCGUACGCGUGUGUUUGAAGCGGAAACGACGAAAGAAAAAGCAACACCAAUGGAAUGACCCGCUCGAGAUCGAGCUGCUCAGCCACCCGGUGUACCGGAUAUUCUACGUCUCGCAUGACAGCAACGAUCUGAAGAUCUUCAGCUACAUCGCCCGGGACGGCAGCAGCGACGUCUUCAAGUGCUGCGUGUUCAAGACCAACAAAAAGUCACAAGCCAUGCGGAUUGUACGAACCGUUGGCCAAGCAUUCGAAGUGUGCCACAAGCUGACCAUCCAGGACAGCGGAGACAACCUUGGGGACGAUCACUCGGAGCUGUCACCGUGUGACGUUUCUGAUCAGGAUCGGUGCUCCGAUCGCAUCAGCGAGGACGAUGACAUCAAGAAAGAUCCGGCACUCGCGUCACACCACGACUCCCCACGGCUGACACGACCGGACCACCUGGAUCUGGCCAUGCUAACGCCCGUAACGCCAUCCUCAGCCGCCACCAGCACUAGCCUGCAACGGGCCACCUCAGCUGCCCUGCAAGCACAGGAAAAGGAACCACCCGAGUUGAGCCCUUCGCUGGCCAAAUCCUCCCCACUGUCGGCAUCCCGGGAAAUGACCGGCCUGCGGGAUCAGCUCGAGCAGCAGCAGCAACAAACGCGCCAAGUGCUCGCCCAGCUGAUGCUCGUCCGCGAGCAGCUCAUCUCCGAGACGAACGCCCGCAUGGAGGCACAGGCACGUAUCCAGCAGCUGUUGCAGCAGAAUCGUGAGCUAUUAGAGCACAUCGCGUCCCUCGGCGGGUAUCACGAACCGGACCGGCCGGGUCUGUCGACAAACGCCAUCGGCAUCGCACCACAGCUCUCUUCGACGGCCAAGGUGGCCCGCUGGUUCCACACGCUCCAAUGGACGAACCAAACGCAAUCACUAUCCCGCCCGGAGUCCGGCUUCGUGUCCGGUGAUUCGCGCUCCGAACGCAACCAGAAAUCGGACGUCGACAUGGUGGACCUGCUCGCGAAGGAGCACACCGGAAGUGGGGGUGGUGCCGGUGCCGGGGUGGACCUGUGCGACGAGUACCUGCUGGUCGAGGGCACCAGCAACCUGUGGAGCAAGUUGAGCGUGAAAAAGCGCAAGAAGCUGCUCGGCCUGAAGCUCGGCAAGGUGACCACCUUCUAGCCCCGGCGCCGCUGGCCUCCGUUGGGGGCGAGCGGGGGUGGCCAUCGGUGGUGGGGCGGUGGAAGCACGCAACAGCCCCCCGUUCGCCUGACGACCACUGCCGCUUCGCCAUCGGCGAGCGACGCCAGCGAUGUGGAUGAGUAGAGGAGAGGAGCGUGUUUUUGCUGCGCGCCGGUUCCUGCCGGCUUAGCCGAGACGCGCUAAACCUGGUCAGGAGCUGGUCGAGUUAAGAGAGAAGAAGAAGAAGAAAAAAACGAAGCGAUCAACACAAGCGAGAGAGAGAACGACCGUCUCGGCCCGACCGUCUUUUUUGCGUAAAGAAGGAGAAACGGAGCGUUCUGCAGCACCGCAUGAACGUGUGCUCUGCAUUUUCUCCUUCCAAGGUGUUGUUGUUGUUGUAAGGAUACAAGGACGCAGGAUCUGCAGUAGAAUUUAAGACACUUAUGCCAACGAUCAGAAUGGGGGCAGGAUAGAAAGGAAAAAAACCCGCAGGCAGCAGUAGAUGGUUCGAGUAGGCGCUGUUAGAGUUACUUUUGUGUGCGCCCACCAGAUGGCGCACUUGUCUGUCGUUUGUUAGAAAGCGAGAGAGAGAGAGAGAGCGAGUGAGAGUGAGAAAGAGAUCGGAGUGUUCGCUUUCAGCAUCCCGAUAGAAGCGUUUGUAGUGAAAGCGCGUUUAGUGACACAUCCUUGAUCGAACGAACGAUCCUUAAGCGAAUUCUCGCGGGCAAAGAAGAAGAAAAGAAAGAGAAGAAAUUAAGCGAAAGCCUAGACACUAAGACUCAACCCCUUAACUGCUGUUGCUGUGCGAAACAGUAUUGUGACAUUCCAAAAAAAAAACAAGAAUUACGGAACCACGCGCCCUGCUUCCGGUUCACUCAUUUCGCUAGUUGUUUAAGCCCCGUAGCGUACGACUCAUCAGACAUCCUCCCUCAAGGUUCCCAUAAACCCCUGUUUUUCCUGUUGUUUUCCCUCCCCCCACUGGAAUCAUGCAGACUCUGUUGCUUCUCUCGUCGAACUGCUUUCGGAAUCGAAUUAUGCUCCCACUUACUCACAACACUUCGAACAUGCCAUGGCUCUUGGAAGACUGAACUGACCGAAAUGAAAUUACGAGUGAUUGCGACAGAAUGGGGACGCGUUCCCUUCCGCUUCGCAAGCCUUCGCUCUCUCCUCUGCUGCCUGAAAAAAAAUCAAAUGACACUCUCUUUCUCCUUCUCUAUCUAUCUAUUUGUCGAUGCGAGAAGAAUGCAACCCCUAGCGACGUCCUAGCAGCGUGUG